AUGCCCCUCCCACCCGACACCACGCCCGCGCCGCAGCCCAAGGGCAUCUUCCUGCCCGGCAUGACGCCCACGACCGCGGCGCCCGCGCCGUCACCGCUGCCCGUCUGGCCCAAGCAAGCAGAAGACGACAGCAAAGACAGCAGCGCCCCCUCGACCGCAGCCACAACCGAGGACUCCAAUAAACCCACUUUCGACGUCCCGCGCCUACGUCUGCAUAUCAACGACCUCUCACACGCAGGGACGCACAUCUUCCUGCGCGCCCUCAACGACGCCCCCGCCAUCUUCGCGCGCGCUGUGCUCAACGUGCAGACGCACCUCUACUCCACCCCCACAACCCACACAACGCACUGCCCACCCACCCGCUCCGUGACGCUGAUCCUGCGGGCCAUGGACGGCGUAGCCUACACAACAGGCACAGAUCUCGACAACGACCACAAGGAGAUCCACCUCUCGCUAAAAUACGUCGCCGCGCAACCCGAGUGGCGUCAGACGCAGGAACUGACCGGCGUGCUGACGCACGAGCUGGUGCACUGCUACCAGCAUAACGGCCUGGGCGCGGCGCCGGGCGGGCUGAUCGAGGGCGUGGCCGACUGGGUGCGGCUGCGGUGCUCACUGGCACCGCCGCACUGGAAGCGCGACGACGCCGGCGCGAGGUGGGACGCCGGAUACCAGCACACGGCCUACUUCCUGGAGUACCUCGACGUCCGCUUCGGCGACGGCACCGUGCGCCGCCUCAACGAGAAGCUGCGCGUGUGCAGGUACGAGCAGAAACCUUUCUGGACGGAGCUGCUGGGGCGGCCGGUCGAGCAGCUGUGGGACGAUUACAAGGCCGAGUUGAAAAAGGGCAAGGAGGGCGAGGGGGACAAAGGGGGCAAGGGCAAGAAGCAGGAGGAUGCGAAGGGUGGGAGUAGUAAAGGCAGCACCACAACAACAGCUGCUACACGGACGACAGAGAAUAAAGGGUCCGGGGAACAGGAGAAGGAGGACCUCGAGACGGACGGGGAGACCAGCACUGGAACAUCGGACGAGACCUAG